AACAGAACAUACUCCUUUCACAGCAGUAUCGGUUCAACAGGAUCCUUAAGAACGAUCGCAACAAUAAAAUCGCAUCCACUCUGUGACUGAAUCAUCACAAUUUCAGCAAACACAUCUUUCGAAAUUUGACACAGCGCACUGCUACGAAGGGUAACCUCAAAAAAUGGAUGCCAACAACUUUGUGAUGUCUUCCUAUCAGUUUGUCAACUCGAUUGCCUCAUGUUAUCCAAACAAUGCGCAAAACACAAACAACGCUCAAGGCUCGGGCGGCCAAGGUGGUCAAGGCGAUGGCUACUUCCCUCCAUCGGCGUACACUCCAAACCUCUAUCCCGGAACCCCGCACCAAGCGCACUACAGUCCGCAGUCGUACAAUCCACUUGCAAGUGCAGGAGCCACAAGUGUGAACAGUGCCAGUGCCGGGGCAGGUUCCGGUGGGCACCCGGCAAGCGAUAUGGUCGAUUACACGCAGCUGCAGCCGCAGAAGUUUCUACUCAACCAGCAACAGCAGCAACAUCAGCAGCAGCAACAGCAGCAGCAGCAACAAUCCUCCCUUAGUUCGCAAAGUUGUAAAUACGCCAGCGAUGGCACUAGUGCAGGUACAAACUUAGUUAAUAACAACAAUAACAACAACAACAGCACCACCAGCCCUCAGGACCUAAGUACAGCCAGCGGUGGUGGCGGCAGUGGCAACGGAGGCGCAGGAAACGGCGGCCGGCCGGAGAUUUCGCCAAAACUGUCCCCGAGCUCAGUGGUGGAGAGUGUGACGCGAUCGCUCAAGUCCGGCAGCGUGGCCACUGCCGUAAGUUCGAGCAACACGAACAACAAUACGAGCAACAUUAGCAAUCGGAACCAGGUGAACCUGCCACUCGGCAGUCCCGACGGUGACGAGUCGGAUGCCAGCGACGACGACAGCGGCACGGAAGGAGGCAGUUCCCAGGGCGGCGGCGGUAGCGGCAAGAAGGGAGGCCCUCCACCACACAUCUAUCCGUGGAUGAAACGGGUGCACAUUGGACAAAGUACGGUUAAUGCGAACGGAGAGACGAAACGCCAGCGUACCUCGUACACCCGUUAUCAGACGCUCGAGCUGGAGAAGGAGUUUCACUUCAACCGUUACCUUACCCGUCGACGACGGAUCGAGAUCGCUCACGCGCUAUGUCUGACCGAACGACAGAUCAAGAUCUGGUUUCAGAACCGCCGGAUGAAGUGGAAGAAGGAGCACAAGAUGGCCUCAAUGAACAUCGUACCGUACCACAUGUCUCCUUACGGCCAUCCCUAUCAGUUCGAUAUUCAUCCGUCACAGUUCGCGCACCUGAGUGCAUAGGACGCGUGGCACUUUUCGGGUACUGGUUAGAGACUCAACCAGCUCUAUCAGGAACAGUAUCAAGGGUAUCAGGGCAACCAGGACAGCGUGCUGUUCGGCGGAGGAGGCAGUGGCGGCGGUGGUAGCAGUACCCCUACUGAUACUACCAAAUAUAAUCAGGAGUUUUGAUUGUUGCCGGAGCCCGCAAACACACCGCGCGAGCCGCGUUUACUCUGAGGA